AGAGUAUUUAAGUAAAUAAAUGAUUGAAACAAAAGAUUAUAACUUGGUCUUGUUAACAUUUACUGAAAGAUUCGGCUCGAAAUCUCACUUUUUUUUCUCGACUCAACCAAAAAAUUUUUUUUUUAAAAAAAUAAAAAAACAAUUGAGACAAGAAAAUAAAGGCUAAAUUACUGAAAAAGAAAAGGAAAGCGUGAAGAUCGGGUCUAAUCGGGGGUUCUUUUCAAGAUUUAACCUAAAUUUUGAAUCUGUAAAGGCUGGAGGAUUCAUUUCAUCUAUUUUUUAAAAGGAACCGAAAACUGAAAAGAUUGUAUUUAUUGGUGAAUUUUAAGAGUGAUUGCUAUUCUUUUUAAAAGAAGGCUUUUAUUUGUUUGAAUUUUUUUCAAAUGCCGGAGGAGGAACUGGUGGAACUUAAGUUUCGAUUGUAUGAUGGAUCUGAUAUCGGUCCAUUUAGAUACUCACCUGCCUCAACAGUUGCUAUGCUCAAGGAAAGAAUUGUCGCUGAGUGGCCUAAAGAUAAAAAAAUUGCACCUAAGGGAGCCAAUGACGUCAAACUGAUAAAUGCUGGAAAACUUUUAGAGAACAACAAGACUGUCGGCCAGUGUAGAGUACCUUUUGGUGAUCUUCCUAAAGCGGUCAUCACCAUGCAUGUGGUUGUGCAGCCAUCUGUAACAAAAGCGAAAACAGAAAAGGUGGUGGAUGAGACUCCCAGGAAAAACUUCUGUUCAUGUUCCAUAUUGUAAAAAAAUUCGGUCCUGAUUCAGAGUUAAGCUGGUGGGGUGGUCUCACGGGUUCCUGAGAUCUGCUGCGAUAUAAACAUGGUUGCUGGAAGCAUAAAAUAAUUAGUAAAACAGUGCCAUCCCUCAUUGUUACAUGGGUUGUUUUGGGGCAUUCUUGAGUAACAGUGAUGUUGGUGAUGAUGUAUUUGCGUCUUUUAUAAAAUGGGUGUUUCCUGUAUUUGGUAGCUGCCCUUUCUCUUCGUUAUUUUUCUAAUAGAAAGCCUAUGGAUUCAUUGACAUAUACACGAUACUCUUCAAGCCAUGAUGUUUAUAUAUUCUAUAUGUUGUGUUAUAUUAAGAUCGGAGAAUAGGCUUGGACGCUUUCUGAGCCCAGCAAAA